UCUUCAUAAAACCAUGAAGCCCUAUUACAUUCUCCUACUCUCUAUUUCCACUCUAUUAACCCUCUUUUCUUUUCCAAACCUCUCAUUUUCCAACCAACUACAAGUCUCCCCACUAAACCCUAACGAAAACUACCUGCAGAUAUACAACAUUUCCAAGCAACUUUGCUUAGGUUGCUUGGCCGAAUCCCUUGAAUUCUUAGUCUACCACAACCUCGUACGAGCCAAAAAGUUUGAACUACCAAUGGUUUGGGACACGAAACUCGAGAACUAUGCAAAGUGGUGGGCAGAACAAAGGUACCAAGAUUGUAAACUUCAACAUUCCUUUCCCGAGGGAGGUUUUCAACUAGGGGAGAACAUUUUUUGGGGUGGUGGAGCACAAUGGAGAGCUAGAGAUGCUGUUCUAGAUUGGGCUGAUGAAGAAAAAUAUUAUGAUUAUGGAUCAAAUAGUUGUGCUGAUGGACAAAUGUGUGGGCAUUAUACCCAAAUUGUUUGGAGUAGUACUAGGAGUGUUGGGUGUGCUAGGGUUGUUUGUCAAGAUGGGGAUGUUUUUAUGACUUGUAAUUAUUAUCCCCCUGGCAAUUAUUUAGGUGAAAGGCCUUACUAAUUUGGAUUUUAGGAUGUAUAAAAUAUAAUAAGUUAAUCUAAAAAACUUUUAAUUGAAUCAAUCAU